UAUAUACAGACUUCAUCCGAUUAGUUUCUCGGGGUUGGUAAGAACAAUUGUGGCCAUAUAUAUCAUUGAUUCCAUGAGAUGAUUGUGCAAAUCACAUGCAUUUUUCAACGACUUCCACCAUAAUCUCAAAGUCAUUUGGACAGUAAAGAUGGUGCAAGGUGUCGUAUCAUACGUGUACACGGUUACAUUGCAAAUUCUGGUAGAUACUCCUCCUGUGUUCAUCUUACUGGCUGUUUCUAGCUCUACCAUUGAUGUUUCAAAAAAAAAAUAAAGCUGUACCAUUGAUAAAAAUAGACCACCUGAAAUCUGGAUAUCUCAAGUGGAAAAGGUUAUCGAUCUAUUUUUUAUGGAGCCACUUGCUAACUUGUGCAGGUAGUAGGGAUGAACCUUCUUGACCAGAAAAUGUGACUUUGUCAGCUUGCACUGAACUCAAUUCGUCCAAUAAUAGUAGGGAGAAACUGAAUAAUAGGUGAUCCCCCGUACCUAGAAACCCCACCAGCCCGUCACUUCUCCUAUAAACUCCUCGCAGCCGGCGUCACAUACCAACUUCUCACUCCACUCCCCAUUCACGAGGCAGCAGAGCUCAGCUCCUAGCUCCGCGUCAGUGGUGUUCGCGCCUACCAAACAAAACCAAGAGAGCACUCGCGCUAGAGCAAGCGAACACGAUGCUUGGAUGCUUCUCCCGGCUGCGGCGGCCUCCGGCGGGGUCACCGGCGCCGGAGCCCAUGCUGGGGUCCGACGAGGCGUCCACGUCCGCGGCCUCGACGUCGGCGGCGGGCUCCACCUCCCCGCGCUCGUCCUCCUCCUCGGCGCGCUGCAUGAACGGCGGCGCCGGCAGCUCGCCACACGACCGUGCCCGCGACGGCGGCGACAGCGCGGUGGGCAAGAACCCGUCCGCGCUGUCCGACUCCGGGCUGUCGUCGGCCAUCGCGUCGCGCCGGUUCUUCCUCUCGUCCCCGGGCCGCUCCAACUCCAUCGUCGACUCGUCGGCGCACGGCGCCGCUCUGGGCCUGAGCGUUGGCGCGGCCGGGGUGGCGGUGCCGACGUACUCGCCGGACCCGCACGCCGACUUCCUCCGGUCGAUGGAGGAGAUGGCCGCGGCGCUCCGGCUGGACGCGCGGAGGCGCGACGACAGGGCGCGCCUCCACGAGCUGCUGCUCUGCUACCUCGCGCUCAACGACAGGCAAGCGCACAAGUACGUCGUCAGCGCCUUCACCGACCUCCUCCUCCGCCUCACCGCCGUCACCAACGCCGACGACGAGCACCACGAUUAACUCGUCCUAGCAGCAGCAGCUCUCUACGAUGCAUACGGGGAGAUUUUUGGGUACCAAUGCAAAUUCAGAAUUCUUUGCAAUAAUUGGCAAGUAACUAGAAGUCACAUGCAUAUCGAGGCUGAAGAUCAUCUAACGACUGUAAAUACGUGCUGUGAAAUUUCGUAGCUGGAACCUGUCCCUUUUCACUAUGCAUAGCAUUUUGCUCCGACUUCUCUGGGUGUGUUGUGAGCAGUGAGCGUGCUGGCGAAGAUAGAAUAUGUCCAGCUUCUCCAAACAAAGGUGUUUGCUGCUCGGUUUGCUUUGCGUUUGCCUUUGCCUUUUUGGCCAUCUCUGCUUUCUUUCUGUUCAUCUCUUUAGCUUUCUGUUCUCUUUGGGGGCACUUGAAGGCUAAGUUUGCUUUUGUGCUAUAUAGGCCAUGCCAUGCAUGGUUUAAAGGCUAAGUUUGCUUGUGUGUUGUAUAGAGCAUGCCAAGCAUUGUUUGAAGGCAAAGUUUGCUUGUGUUAUAUAUUGGCCAUGGCUCAUGUGGUGAUUGUAACAA